AGGCCCAGAAAUAUAAAUCAAAUUUACUACUCUACAAGAAAAACGCAGAAAAACCAACAUUUCAGAUAGAUACGAAUUCAUGGAGAGCUAAAUUUACCCUUAUAGAGUUACCCAACAAUGUACUUUCACAUGCAAAAAUGCGUAAAUGGACACUCAGUAGAGUCUAUGAUGUGACAAUAGAUGGUGAGACAAUGAGCGUGUACCGCGACAAUAAUGAAGACUCGCAACGAUCGUUCAAACUCCCCGAUGAGACACAAUGUAUCGCCUCACGAUACGGUUACGGAGCGGGAAGUCGUUAUAAAAUCACAAGCUUGCCCGAUGAGACGAUCUUAGCGAGUUUUGAACCAGGAAAAGGGUCGUCAAUAAUCGGGCGUCUUAGCCUUGACACAAGGGGACUUGACAAUCGAAGUUCUAUAGCGCUCCUGACAGUAAUGUCGAUAAUGUUACGAAUAGGAACAGAGUCGACACGUACUGCGGCAAACGGGACAACUCCUAUGAUGAUGGUGAUGUUGGCUGGUGGUAGUGCCGGUGGUGCCGGUGGUUGCGGCGGUAGCUGUUAGAUAUAUCCUGAUAAUUCCUCAGUUACGUUUGACAGCACCCUUUCUUGUCUACAAAUUUUUUUUAACUUUGCAAUGCAUAUAUUAAA